AUGACGAGGACGAUCGGUUCGAAGAAACACAACCAUCUAAAAGAAGGCAACCCAAAGGAAAAACUACAAAAAAGAGGGACGACUUGGAACGAAGAUAAGGAGGAAAAACCGGAGACUUCGCAUUCGGAAUCGAUCACCGACUCUAACAAAAGGCCAAGAACUUCCGCUUCGGAUGUGGGUUUUGGUGUCGACGUUAACGAAGAUUUCGACGACACCGAAAGGGUGGGUCCACCGGAAGCAGUGGUGGAUCCAGAUGGGGCGUUGGAGCUUUCUUCCACCUUUUACGAUGACACAUGCCCUAAUGCACUCACCACUAUUAGAACUUCUAUUGGUGCUGCGGUGACAAGUGAUCGUCGCAUGGCAGCCUCUCUCAUUCGCCUUCAUUUUCACGAUUGUUUCGUUCAGGGUUGUGAUGCAUCCAUAUUACUAGAAGUUUCCCCAAGUGAAAAGGAUGCAUUUAGGAACGGAGGUGUGAGGGGCUAUGAAGUUAUAGAUGAUGCAAAAGCUGCUGUCGAGAGCGUAUGCCCUGGCAUUGUUUCUUGUGCAGAUGUACUUGCUGUCGCUGCUCGUGAUGCUUCUGUAGAGGUGGGUGGUCCUUCAUGGUCAGUAAGGCUUGGAAGAAGAGAUUCUCUAACAACAAACCCAGAUGAAGCUAACAAUAUUCUUCCAUUAGGUAGUAUGGGUUUAGAUGUACUCAUUCCAAUCUUUGCUCAAAAGUCACUCAGCGUAAGAGACAUGGUUGCUCUUUCAGGAGCUCAUACAAUAGGGCAAGCAAGAUGCGUUACGUUUAGGGCAAGGAUAUACGCCAACGACUCAAACAUAGAUCCUGAAUUUGCUAGUAACCUUAGGACCAACUGUCCACAGACUGGAGGCGACGGGAACUUGGAGCGACUUGAUUUGGUGACACCAAAUACGUUUGACGUCAACUACUUCAGGAAUCUUUUGGAAAGAAGGGGUCUUCUGACAUCAGACCAGGCACUGUUUAAUGGAGAUUCAACUGAUAGCAUCGUACAAGAGUACGUCGACAACCCUGCUUUAUUUGAGUCUGAUUUUGCUGCUGCGAUGGUUAGGAUGGGAGACCUUGAUCCCCUUACCGGUGCUAAUGGGGAGAUAAGGACUCUUUGCACCGCUCUCAAUUAAGAAAGAAAAGUGAUGUACGUAAUGAUCAAUGUGUAAUAAAACUAUCCACUACGUACUAUAAGAAUUUUCUUCAUUUUAUUUAUCCUUAGAGUAAAUUAUGCAUAUGGUCAUUGUGGUUUGGGUAAUGUAUGCUUGUUCCCUAAUUUUUUUUCUUAACUCGGACGGUCCUUAACAUGUAAUAU